AUGCACCUCUUGAACGCGUUUAUUUCAAAGAUAUCUGCUUAUCCCCGGCAAUUGGAAUCUCUGGUACGUCUUGGGGAGGCACACGCUUGCAUGCGUCUCUCGAACACUGUGACCGUUGAAGAUUGCCGCGAGGCCAGACGUCUACAGCGCGAGGCUCUCAAACAAGCUGCCAUUGACCCGAUGACAGGAACAAUUGAUGUGAAUAUUUUGACCACAGGUAUAAGCGCAAGUAUGCGUGCACGGCGCGAGGAAAUGGCAAACUUGAUCUGGGCCUUCCUCGAGGAAAAACCCCGUGUACUCACUUUUUCCUAUGCUCGAGUCCUAGAGGAGAUACGUUCACGAUCAGAUCGACUUAUCCCAAGAGACACUUUUGAAGAUGGUCUGAAUACGCUUCGAAAUGCUAACAAAAUCGAUUGGGCUGGAAAUACCAUUCGUAAAAGGUAG